CCUUAACGUGCCAUUUUAUUACUAAUGGGCAUAUCUGGAAAUCAAAAUGUCAUCGAUAUACGGGACAGUAUCGCGUUUCUGAGGAUGCCAGCGCUGGACAUCCAUGCGGGUUUCGCCGGAGCAGCGCUGAUUUUGGCCAGUGAAGCUUCCUUGUAGUGAAUCGGAUGAUUGGAGCAGCUGUGCGCUCACGCUUAAGAUUGCAGCUGUCAUUGAUAUUGCACAGUGAAUACAGGUAAAGAUGAUGUGCGAAGUGAUGCCCACGAUCAGCGAGGACACGGCGAUGAGCCAGCGUGGCUCCCAGAGCAGCGCCUCCGACCCUGACUCGCAUUUUGAGCAGUUGAUGGUCAACAUGCUUGACGAGAGAGACCGUCUGUUGGACACCCUGAGAGAGACACAAGAAAGCCUGGCCCUCUCCCAGCAGCACCUGCAGGACGUCAUCUAUGACCGGGACUCACUGCAGCGUCAGCUCAGCUCCGCACUGCCACAGGAGUUUGCCGCCCUGACGAAAGAGUUGAACGCCUGCAGGGAACAGCUGCUGGAGAAGGAGGAGGAGAUUUCAGAGCUGAAGGCCGAAAGGAACAACACCAGACUGCUAUUGGAGCAUUUGGAGUGUUUGGUUUCGAGGCAUGAACGUUCCCUACGUAUGACUGUGGUGAAACGACAAGCUCAGUCUCCUUCUGGGGUCUCCAGUGAGGUGGAGGUCCUCAAAGCCCUUAAAUCCCUCUUUGAGCACCACAAAGCACUGGAUGAGAAGGUACGAGAGAGAUUGCGGGUGUCACUAGAGAGGGUCUCUGCCUUGGAGGAGGAGCUGACCGCAGCCAAUCAGGAGAUUGUGGCCUUAAGAGAGCAGAAUGCACACAUUCAGAGGAAGGUGGCGUCAGGAGAAGGGGCCGAGGACUUGUUGGAGGGAACCGAUGCUCAGAAAGUUCAUGGCAAGCGGUUGUCUAACGGGUCGAUGGAGUCGGGGGACGAGGCCAGUCAGGUGGUGGAGCUGCAGGAGCUGCUGGAGAAGCAGAACUAUGAGCUGGCGCAGAUGAAGGAGCGCAUGUCCUCGCUGUCCUCCCGUGUGUCCGAGGUGGAGCAGGAGCUGGAGACGGCUAGAAAAGACCUCAUCAAGAGCGAAGAUAUGAACAACAAGUACCAGAGAGAUAUUAAAGAGGCUAUGUGUCAGAAAGAAGACAUGGAGGAACGGAUAGUGACUCUUGAGAAGCGCUAUCUCAGUGCCCAGAGAGAGUCCACAUCACUACAUGACAUCACAGACAAGCUGGAAAACGAACUGGCCAAUAAGGAGGCUUUCCUCAGACAGAUGGAGGAGAAGAACAGGCAGUUACAGGAGCGGCUGGAGUUGGCGGAACAGAAGCUCCAGCAGACCAUGAGGAAAGCUGAGACUCUGCCUGAAGUCGAGGCUGAGCUAGCACAGAGGAUAGCAGCUCUCACUAAGGCGGAGGAGAGACACGGCAGUAUCGAGGAGCGUAUGAGACAUUUAGAGGGACAGCUGGAGGAGAAGAACCAGGAACUGCUCAGGGCUCGACAGAGAGAGAAGAUGAAUGAGGAACACAACAAGCGUCUGUCGGACACUGUGGACAGACUCUUGACCGAGUCGAAUGAACGUUUACAGCUUCACCUGAAAGAGAGAAUGGCCGCUCUUGAGGAUAAAAAUGUGUUAAUACAAGACUCUGAUAACUACAGGAAGCAGUUAGAAGACUCCAUACAGGAAAAGUCUCAUCUCUCGGAGGAGAUCGAGAAACUGAGAUCUGAACUGGAUCAGUACCGAUUGAGGGCCGGAUCCCUUACUGAGCCCACGCUGUCACGGUCUCAUCUGGAUGCAUCUGGAGAUCUGCGCUUCUCUCUGGGUUCUCUUGCUGAGACGCAAUCUGACCAUUAUCGCUCCACCAAGGUGAUCCGCAGGCCCAGGAGAGGACGCAUGGGGCUACGUAGGGACGAACAGAAGGCUAAGUCUCUGGGAGAGCACGAAUGGCGCUCUCAGCAACUUGGCGUUCUGGGCGGACACCCGUUCGAGAGCGACACGGAGAUGUCGGAUAUCGAUGACGACGACAGAGAGACCCUUUUCAGUUCGAUGGAUUUACUGUCUCCUGGAGGACAUUCAGAUGCUCAGACUCUGGCAAUGAUGCUGCAAGAACAACUAGAUGCCAUCAAUAAAGAGAUCCGGCUGAUCCAGGAAGAGAAGGAGUCAACAGAACUGAGGGCAGAGGAAAUCGAGAACCGCGUGGCCAGCGUGAGCUUGGAGGGGCUGAACCUGGCGCGGAUGCACCAUCCCGGAGCCUCCAUCACUGCCUCGGCCACCGCAUCCUCCCUCGCCUCCUCCUCCCCUCCCAGCGGACACUCCACCCCCAAACUCACCCCGCGCAGCCCUGCCCGCGACAUGGAGCGCAUGGGGGUCAUGACACUGCCCAGUGACUUGCGGAAACACAGGAGAAAGAUCGCAGCGGUGGACGAGGACGGUCGAGAGGAUAAGGCCACCAUCAAAUGCGAGACCUCGCCACCUCCCACACCUCGCCAAGUCCGCAUGACCCACACGCUGCCUGCUUCUUCGCACAAUGACGCACGCCUGACGGCUGCAUUAGAGACGGAGGCCAGUGCUCUGAGCAGUGUAGCCAGCAGUCAAGACUCCCUCCAUAAACAGCCAAAGAAGAAGGGCAUCAAAUCCUCCAUCGGACGUCUGUUUGGGAAGAAAGAGAAGGCCAGACUGGGGCAGCUGGGGAAAGAUAUUAUGGGACCAGGACAAGUAGGGAAUGUAUCCGAUCCUGAGCUUCUAGGUCAGGAUAUUGCGAUGGGAAAGCUGGGAACACAGGCGGAGAAAGAUCGCAGGCUUAAAAAGAACGGGUAAGUUUAGUUUGUGUUGCCGAGACUUGCUGCAUUUUCCACUGUCGAUGCUCUGUCCGUGUCUGUCGUCAUGCUCCUAAAGUGUGUGUCUAUCUUCAGGGGGGUCCGACGCAUUUCCUUUCUGUCCAUCCAGAGACCCCCACCUCUGCCUUUCUUUUUCAUUUGACUGUAAAUGUGAUUCUCCCCCUCUGCAGUUCUAUAGAGGAUGCAUCUCUGCCUGGAGAGAGAAUGUGUGCCUUUAUAACAACCUGUUCUCGAUCUGCCAUGCCGAGGCCUUUCUCCUCUCGUGUACGUGUGCGUGCGCGUGUCCGUGCGUGCGUGUGUGCAUCAUGUGCCGUAUUCAAUAACCAGGUCUCGUCUCUGGUUAUGGACUGUGAACUCAUUGACUUCUUCCCUGCUCUUUUUUUCUUUUCAUUUUGUUUUCUCUCAUAACUGUUUCUCUCCCUCCCCAGCUACAGUAUGUUCAGAAGAAGUCACUCAUACGCAUUACAUUCGACCUGAACAUAUGCAGUUCAACACGUAAAGAUGAGGAGAGAUACAUCAUAACCACCAUCACCACAAAGGCCUUAUUGCCUUUACAGCACACAGACAUGAAAGUUCACGGCGACAGGACAGUUCCCCUUUGACACGGUGGCGGUGCUCAAUCCGGUUUUUCCAUCAAAGAAAAUUAAACCUGCCGGUUUAAACCGGGAACUAGUCUCGCGUAGACAGACUUUAAAGUCGGCAAGAAAUAAUAUUUAACCCAAUUUAUUUUCUAAAUGCAUGUUACUGUUCUUAUUGUGACUGAUUCAUCUGUGCAUAUGUUAAAUUAUGCCAUUUACCUAAGUAUGUAAAAAAAAAAAAUCCCUUUCUUACAAUUGACUGCUAGUUCUCAUUCAGAUCCAGUGGACUGAAACAACUCAGUUUCACUUGGAUGCAUGUGACAAUGUGGAAAAAAAGAUCCGUCGUUACUUCUGACUUUAACCGUCAGCAUAAAGUGUGGUCCAUUUUAUUAGCUUUUAUUUACAGCUUAUUCAGGCAAGAGUCGCCCUGACAAACCACAUUUUCUUUCAGAUACUAAAAUAGAACAUCAUGGGAAAAGUGCUUGUUAACUUUCAAUGUUUUUUUUUUUUGUUGUUGUUCCGAAAAUAACUUUUUACAAUGUCACAUUUUGCUUUGGCAUGCCAAUAUUUCAAAAAGGAUCUAAACGUGUUAGUAAAAGUGCCUUUCAUGCACCUUUAUGUUCCAGGAUUUAUCUCAUACCAGCAUUGACGAAAUGGAUGACGAACAGCUCCACGGGUUUAUCGUAACCACCAGCUUCAGUUGUUCAACUAAGCUACAUGAAAACAUUUUUUUUUUAAAUGGAAUGCUAACAUAUGUUUCCAAAACUAGGAAUAAGAUGGCUUAUUCGAAUUUACGGCUUACACGUUACAUAGUAAAAAAAAAAGUAAUUUCCGUCGACUCUCGAAUAAAAACAAUCCACCUUCCGCAUAGAACCGGAUCUGGCACCAUCAUCGGCACCACUUUGGUGCAAAAGAGAUAUCAGUGGUCACGUAAGCGGUUUUGAGAUUUGAUUUGUGCAGACAGAACCAUAUCAUUCACUACAGCACGUGUCAGUACUGUACUCGACUCUUCAAGUGGCCUUACCGUACACCCCA